AUUCCGUCUGCUUGUGUUUUGCCUUGUGUUAACUUGUUAAUUUUGGCGUUUUGUUUUAUUCGGAAGUUUCCUAAAAUUAGUAUCGUUGGGUUAAUUACUUUACAGAAACAUUAUCAUGCAGUACUGAUUGAUGACAGCUUACAUCAAGUUCGAUAUAUUGAAGAGUGAAUUGUAACAAUACGUUACCAUGAUGAAACGGCCAGAUAUCGCAAGGAAACUAUUUCAUCAGUACACAUCGAAAAUUCUGUUUGAACCUAUCAAUAGAAAAAUAUACAGAACUAACUUAAUGUGUAAUGGCAACUUGACGAGGAUAAUUCUUCAUUGCCGAUUUUUCACGCAUUCAGCAAGAUCAUUUAGUUCUUCAGACAAACUUCCCGAAAGCAAAGUAGUUCAAACAGAAAACCUGAAUCCAGAUGUAAAAAUAAUCCAACCUGGGCUACUUCCGAAGGAUCCAGCGGGAAGUGUGCCACCAGCAGACAAAUCAACAGCGAAAGCUGUCAUCCAGGAGACUCAGGCAGAAGCUGUUGAGAGAAUAGCGAUCCAGAAGGACGUUAUUAUCGUAGAGCCUGUUAAAAGCAAACCCGAGUUGAAGGUGGAACCCCCUCCACCUCCUACUCCUCCGGAAGGAGAAAAAAAGGAGAAAAAGACUGCAAAGUCAAUAAUUCAGGAAGCUGUGGAAAAAGUAACAAAAAAGAGAAUUCGAGUUGAUCUGACAGCUUCCUCCGUCGAGAGAAACUUCAUCACGCCUGUCAGAGCGAUGUCUGACUUUCUUUUAAAACCAUCAGAUUUAGAAAACUUACGAGCUACGAAGAGAAGAUCACCGUACGAGAAUGAGCCUCCAAUCACAGUGUUUUGGAGGAAAGACGUAGAAGCAAGAGCAAUUGAAGUUUGGGGUUCUAAAGAAAAUCUAACCAAAGAACUACUUAAAAGAGAUUUGGAGAGGAGAUUUUAUCAACAAAAUACUUUUACAACAAAGAGGAAAUUGCGGGACUACAGACGAGAGAAGGACCACCAGAGGGAGCAGAAGAUGGUGGAGACAGCUGGACUGUUCGGCCCUUCUGGCAAAGUUGUCCUUACCGCAGUUGCAAUGUAAGGUGCUUAUACACAAGCUUUAUAGU